CAGCCCCUUCGACGAGGAGAAUUGUAGCACAAGUUGCUAUGGAGGAGAACGCUGGUAGAUCAACCACAACCGUUGGUUUUCUAAGAAGAGGUUCUGGCGUCUCCUUGAGAAAUCAAAGCAAUGAGGAGAGGCCAAAUCAGUGUAACAAUAAGCCGGGCAACACCGCAAAGAUCAACCCCACAAAAACCAGGUGGGCUGAAAAUAAGGAACAGCCAAGAUAUCUGCAUGAUUCAUUUCGCUCAUCAGGCUCUAAGUCUAUAGCUGCAAGCUCUUCAAAAGCUCCUGUCAGGAAGAAUUUUGAGGAAAAGCCAAGGCGCCCCUUUUCGACACAGAUAAACAAUGCUGAAAGCAGUAACAGAAGAACUGUUGCCAACCAUCUGAAGAGUAGCAAGAAAACUAUUGUUGAUCAGGGGGAUGGCGAGCCAUGUGCUCAGCAGAUUGAAUCAGAAGAUUCAUUGUCCACAUCAACCACUGGAGAUCAGCCAACAGAGCUAGACCCUGAAGUAACAGACUCUUCUGUUUCUUCAGGGAGUUCUCCACAUGCAGUUGAUUCAAGGACUAAACCACGUAGGCAGAAGGAUAAAGAGGAAUUCAGUUUGGGUAGACCUCACACUGCGUCCACUUCUGUUCACCAGCCUAGUGGACCUCGCAAUUCAGCCAUUGGUGUGAAAUCAUCAAAUGGUGCUGGUCCUGGAGUACAGAGACGUGGCAUAAAAAACUUUGGUUGCACAUCAAUCUCUGAUGUUUUGCCAUCAGGCUGUUCUUCAUCCAAUUCUGUCCAUAGUAAGAGGACUGACAUUACGAGAAAGAGAGCUUCUGAUGCAGAGACUUCUUCAAGAUUAAGGGGAUUAAGCGGGCAGUCUAGUUUAGGCCCUUCCCCUUCAUUGUAUCCUGGCAUUACUGGGCCUAGAGUCAGAGCCUCUGAACAAUCAGCUUCGCAACAAACAACAAGAACUAGCAACAGAAUUAUUCGAGAUUCCGCAGAUUCAGCAAGGACUAGACAACCUUCUACUCAGCGUGCUAGGAUGAGGAUGCAAGAUGGAACAGAGCAUGGUGUAUUUGCUCUGCGCGAUACUAUUCCAAGGGUUCGUCAACCCGAUUGGGGCCGAUUUUCCUUGGAUGAAGCUCCCCCACAGAGAUCAGCAAGGCCUUUUCCUAUGGAAUUGCCUCAUGCAAUUUACUCAUCUAGUCGUCAAAGCUCCAGUAACCGUACAACAAGGAGCAGAUCGAGUUCUCGUCCUGAUGACAGCUCUCCACAAAUGUUCCAUAGUCUGCUAGGAGAGAGAGAUAUCUACAGACGUAUAAACAUGGAUGGAAUUGCAGAGGUGUUGCUAGCGCUGGACAGGAUUGAACAUGAUGAUGAAUUGUCUUAUGAGCAACUGCUGGUGCUUGAAACUAAUCUGUUCCUUAGUGGCCUUGGCUUACAUGAUCAGCAUAGAGAUUUGAGAAUGGACAUUGACGACAUGUCUUAUGAGGAAUUAUUACAAUUGGAGGACAGAAUUGGUUCUGUAAGCACUGCCCUUUCUGAAGAGCAAAUAGCAAAGUGUCUCAGUCUAAAUGUGUAUAAACGAACCGAUCAAGUGCUUGGAUUGAACAGAGCUGUAGUAGAUGACACCAAAUGCAGCAUAUGCCAGGAGGAAUACAUUGAGGGUGAAGAAAUUGGUAGAAUGAAGUGUGAGCAUCAGUACCAUGUUUGCUGCAUUCAGGAAUGGCUUAGACUGAAGAACUGGUGCCCGAUAUGCAAAGCUUCAGCGGUUCCUUCUGACAAGGACAAAGGGAAACACAUGAAUCUUGGUUAAAUAGUAGUAUAUGAAUUUACCAUGGAACACUGUUAGACAUUGUAGAUGCUGCCUCAGUUCCAUCCCAACUUGUGAAUAUAUGGUACAACUGUUACUCUCUUGCAAAGCUUCUUGUUACAAUUUCUGGUUCUCCUCCACACAGAGGUAGUGCACGCCAUGCCACUCAGCCAUCGGAUAGAGGAAAAUGGUCAUCCUUGUGAAAUAAGAACUCAUCUUCAUUGA